GUAGAUAGGAAGAAUAGAAACUGAAUAUUCCUUUUCCGAUCAUAUACAGACGGCGGUAAUCCGCAGGAAAUGCGUCUUUGGAUUUUCCUCCGUUUUCUUCCUCGGACUUUUCCAAUAAUACCCUCUUCCGUUGGACAAAGAAAACAAAAGAGAGAAAACAGCGAAACCAAAUAGAAAAAAAAAAAAAAAAGAAGAAGCGGCUUUCAAGUUCUUCAUCCGAAAAAAAAAGUCUUCAGCUGCUGGAUUUCCCCUCUGUCUCCAUUCUCUUCGUUACUGUUCCCGUUUUCAGAAAUGCCCAUUUCCUAAAACCCCCAAAAUUCAAAUAUCAGAACCCACAACUUCACUACCAUUGCUCUCCAUAACCUAACCAUCUUCCAGUCGGAGACCAGCCUAAGAUUCUUAGGCUCUCUCUGGUCGAAGGUUUUCCCUCGUUCAAUAUCGGUUCUACCGCACUUCCGCAGAAGUUGGGUGUGCGGGGAGAAAUCAUUCAAGUCACCAUUAUUUAUGUUUUGUCGAGUUAUUACUUGUAAUAUGGCUGGUGAUCCUUUGACAAGUUCUAAUGGCAACGCCAAUGUCAUUGCACCACCUGAUCCGCGGAGGACUUUCCAAGUCGUCGUGGCUGCUACUGAAAAUAUGGGUAUUGGUAAGGAUGGGAAGCUACCAUGGAGGCUGCCUUCUGAUCUCAAAUAUUUUAAAAACAUAACCACAACAACAUCAGAUCAUGGGAAAAGGAAUGCAGUUCUAAUGGGUCGAAAAACAUGGGAGAGUAUUCCUGCUGAGCAUCGACCACUACCUGGUCGUCUCAAUGUUGUUCUAACUCGUUCGGGGAGUUUUGACAUUGCAACUGUUGAAAAUGUUAUAAUAUGUGGUAGUAUAACGUCUGCUUUGGAAUUAUUAGCAGCUUCUCCUUACUGUUUGUCAAUAGAGAAAGUUUUUAUCAUAGGCGGUGGUGAGAUAUUAAGGGAAGCUCUGAAUGCCCCUGAAUGUGAUGCUAUCCAUGUCACAGACAUUCAGACAUGUGUCGAAUGUGAUACCUUCAUACCAGCUAUUGAUAAGUCUAUGUUUCAGCCAUGGUACUCAUCCUUUCCUGUGGUGGAAAAUAACCUUCGAUAUUCUUUCACUAGUUAUGUUCGUGUGAGGAGCUCAAUUGAACCACCCAUUGAUCAGAACAAUGGUCUGGUCUCUUAUAGUAGGCCCGAUUCUUCUAAUUUUGAGGCUAAGAAGUUCUCUUUCCUGCCUAAGGAGAUUUUUGAAAGGCACGAGGAGUACUUGUAUCUAAAUCUUGUUAAGGAAAUCAUCUCAGAUGGUACUUCUAAGGAUGAUAGAACAGGAACUGGUACUUUGUCAAGAUUCGGCGUCCAGAUGCGAUACAACUUGCGCAAAACUUUUCCACUGCUUACUACUAAGAAAGUGUUUUGGCGAGGGGUUGUUGAAGAACUUCUUUGGUUCAUCAGUGGGUCAACCAAUGCAAAGGUUCUUCAGGAGAAAGGCAUUCAUAUAUGGGAUGGCAAUGCAUCCAGAGAUUACCUCGAUAGUAUUGGUUUGAGCGAAAGGGAGGAGGGUGACCUGGGACCUGUAUAUGGGUUCCAGUGGCGACACUUUGGUGCUAGGUAUACUGACAUGCAUGCUGACUACACUGGUCAAGGAUUCGAUCAGUUGCUAGAUGUUAUUAACAAGAUAAAAACUAAUCCCAAUGACCGGAGGAUAAUUCUUUCCGCAUGGAAUCCAUCUGAUCUCAAACUGAUGGCCCUUCCGCCUUGCCACAUGUUCGCUCAGUUUUAUGUAGCGAAUGGGGAGUUGUCGUGUCAAAUGUAUCAGCGCUCUGCUGACAUGGGCCUUGGCGUUCCAUUUAAUAUUGCAUCAUAUGCUCUUCUGACAUGCAUGAUUGCUCAUGUUUGUGAUCUCGCUCAAGGCGACUUCAUACAUGUGAUUGGGGACGCUCAUGUUUACCAUACUCAUGUGAGGCCAUUGCAGGAGCAGCUCCAGAAACUCCCCAAACCUUUCCCUAUUUUGAAGAUUAAUCCUGAGAAGAAGGAUAUCGAUUCUUUCAUAGCAGCUGAUUUCGAACUAACCGGUUACGACCCUCAUGAAAAGAUAGCAAUGAAAAUGGCAGUAUAGAACACGAUCAACUACCCAACGAACAAAAGGAGACUCCGUUACUUUUACCGCAUGUUCUCCAAAUUUUGAGGUACAAGCAUCAGGGGCUUUGGUUGAUAUGUUCUGCAAAUAAAAAGUGCUAAUUGGAUAUACUUUUAUACUUUGUUAUGUGUAGUGAGAAUCCUUUAGUUCCUAUGGUUCUAAAGUGAUUUAGUUGGGUUUUUGUAUUUGCUAUAGUUUUUCCUCAUUUAAACAUGGAACGGUUUCACACACAAAUACACGGUCGCUACUACUAUAAUACCGUGCUACAUACAAAUAUAAUGUAAUCUCGAUCGAUAAUUCUCAGACUUAAUUUGGUUUUAAAAUGAUGGCAAGUUUGAUGGAUUGUGUAUA